AUGAGUAAUUCAGACAACAUUCCAACGUUCAAAAUGUCACCACAGCUAUUCUCAUCGUCCAGCAGCUAUUCAGCGUCCGAUGGUUCCCAUUCCUUCAGAAGGACAAGUGUUCGGGACAACAAGCAAUCCAAUGCACGGAUGGGUCCUCCAACAAUCAGAGGAACGGGUAACAUUUUCUUCAAGACCCGUAUUUGUACUAGGUUCGGGUUUGGUACAUGUAGAAACGGUGAAAGUUGUACCUUUGCUCAUGGGGUUGGAGAGAUAAGGCAGCCACCGCCAAACUGGCAGGAGCUUGUCUGUCCUCGUACUGAAGGACGGCUGCAAGUGGGCAGGAAUUUGAAUGAUGAUGAGAAAAUCAUUCAGAAGAUGAAGCUUUGCAAGAAGUAUUGCAAUGGGGAGGAAUGUCCUUAUGGGGAUAAGUGUAACUUUCUUCACGAGGAUCUUGCCAAGUUUAGGGACGACUCUUGGAAAACAAGAGAGUCCUCUGCAAUCAACAUUGAAACUUCUAAUCAUUUGGAAGGCAGUAGGGCUGGAACUAAGCAGGAAAGGGGCACUUAUUGGAAGACUAAGAUGUGUCUCAAGUGGAUCAAUACCGGGAGCUGUCCCUUUGGUGAUGGCUGUCACUUUGCCCAUGGUGAUGCAGAGUUACAAGUUCCUGGUGCAGUUGCCAUAGCAAAUUCAACAAAAGUGGUCAUUCCAACUUUACCAACAACGGGUUCUUCUGCCAAUUAUGCACCUACUACCUUACCAGCAAAUGUACCUGCGGCAAUGGAAGAGAUGGAAGAGGAGAAGAAGGCCAAAAAGGAAUUACUUUGGAAGAAAUUAAACAAGAUCAACCGUAUUUAUGGCGAUUGGAUUGAUGAUUUACCUCCCGACUUGCCAAGUACAGAGGAGCCAUGA